AGUCGACGGGCGGGUCGUGCUUUAGUCUUGACAAGAUGGCGUAUGCUGUUGUUUUGCCGCAGGGACACUGAACAAAUUAAACACUUGCUAGUGUAAAUUCGUCGACAUUAGGAUAGCAUAACUGUAAAAAAGUGUUUUGUUAGCCGCGCAAAGCCGGAGGAGAUCAACGAUGAAAGGGAAGGAGCGGUCGCCGGUGAAAAAGCGUUCAAGGGCCUUGGAUGAUAUACGAGACAGGGGAGGAAGCCACCCGACCAGUAAGAAAAUGGGGGUUAUCUCGAUUUCUGGUGGCGGAAACAACAACGGCAACAGUUCAUCUAAAAGCGAAGGGGGUUCCGCACGACGGGCACUGAUCGGAGAUAAAAGAGAUGGACGGGAUUUUGACGGACAUGUAUCCAGUCGGACUGGAAAUAACCACGGUUACACUAGCCCUGUUGCGAGCUCGAGCGGCAAGAAUCACGCCUCGAGUCUGUCCUUGGAGGCGGCCGCGCGCACCAACUCGCGCGGAGAGCCGCGCGCCCCGCUUCCCCCAAACGAAAGUGAGUACAAAACUUUAAAAAUCAGCGAGCUCGGCUCCCAGCUAAGCGACGAGGAAAUCGAGGACGGCCUCUUUCACGAAUUCAAAAAAUUUGGCGACGUAAGUGUUAAAAUCAGCAGAGUCAACGACGAGAGAAUCGCAUUUGUCAACUUUAGGAGACCGGAUGAUGCCCGAGCGGCAAAGCACGCUCGAGGGCGGCUGGUGCUCUACGACCGUCCUUUGAAAAUUGAGGCAGUCUACUUGAACAGGAGGAGAAGUCGAUCUCCGGUAGAUAAUUUCUCUGUAGCAGGACACAGACAUUUGCACACACAGAGGCCGCUCUCUCCAACCGGUCUGGGGUACAGAGACUACCGUUUACAACAGUUAGCUCUGGGUCGGCUUCCUCCUCCCCCUCCCCCGCCUUUACCGAGAGAGCUUGAAAGAGAGAGAGAGUUCGCCUUUUAUGAAGCCAGGGCGCGGCCCGCGUACACCGCGGAGCGAGCUGCUCCUUUCCGCGAGGAGGACUUUAUCUCUCCAGAGGACGACCAGAGGGCCAACCGCACACUAUUUCUGGGUAAUUUGGAUAUUACUGUGACUGAAAAUGAUUUGAGGAGAGCUUUUGAACGAUUUGGGACCAUCACAGAGGUGGACAUUAAAAGACCAAGUCGGGGCCAGAGCAGCACCUAUGGCUUUCUCAAAUUUGAAAACUUGGACAUGGCCCAUAGAGCAAAAAUGAGCAUGUCUGGGAAAGUUGUGGGUCGAAACCCCAUUAAGAUUGGCUAUGGCAAAGCCACCCCCACCACACGCUUAUGGGUAGGCGGUCUUGGACCUUGGGUGCCUCUGACUGCGUUAGCCAGGGAAUUUGACCGCUUCGGCACUAUCAGGACUAUAGACUACAGAAAAGGGGACACCUGGGCUUAUAUUCAGUAUGAAAGCCUGGAUGCUGCUCAGGCGGCUUGCACACACAUGCGUGGAUUUCCCCUCGGCGGUCCCGACAGGAGGCUGAGGGUGGACUUUGCUGACACAGAGCACCGCUAUCAGCAGCAGUUCUUGCAGCCCCUCCCUUUGCAACAUUAUGAAAUCGUGGCUGAAUCUUUUGUCCAUCGCGCCACCCCCGAAGCCAUCAGGGUCCGAGAACGAACUCCCCCACCGCUGCACUUCAGGGAACGAGAACUGUAUGCUGGGGCUGAAUGGCCUGCGCCUGCCAUUCGUGAACGUGUACGGAUGCCUGCGUUUGAGCCCCUCGAACACUUGGAGCGCGAGCGACGGCGAGAGGCGUGGUCACUGGAGCGGGAGCUGCCAGGCAGGGAAGCAGCACGCAAGCGACGGCUCAUGGAGGAUGGGAGACAUCUGGAGUGUUCACCUGACAGCAGCAGCGAGUGGGCGGCCCGUCGUCGCAGACCGCCAUCCCUUGAGGGCAGCCCAGAAGGGAGCAGUCGAGAUGGACGAUUCAGUGACUCUGAGCGGCCGGCGAGAGCCGACCGUGUGUCUCCAGCACGAGAGAGCCACAGCAGCCUGGACAGGGGCCCUAGUGAAAAGCGCAUCAAAAGCAGCAGCACCCUCUUAGAGUCUAGUGUCGGCGUGAGUCCGGCAGAGAGAAAGCGCAAAGCGGGCGAUUCAGCCAAAGGUCCCUCCAAGAGGGACCGAUCUGAGACCAGCUCCAAAAGCCAGGCUUCAAAGCAGGAUGCAGGGGGAAAGCUGAGCAUGGCCUGGAAUGGCAUGCUGCUCCUGAAAAACAGUAACUUCCCAGCCAGCAUGCACCUUCUGGAGGGGGACCUGAGCAUCGCCAGCAGUCUCCUCAUCGACGGCAGCACGGGCGGUAAAGUCACACAACUACGCAUCACACAGCGCCUUCGCCUUGACCAGCCCAAGACCGACGAAGUGUCUCGGCGCAUCAAAGUCGCAGGCCCAGGCGGGUAUGCGGUUCUACUGGCGGUUCCAGGCAGCUCUGAGGAGACUUCAUCUUCGGACCCAGCAGCAUCGACGCAGAGGCCCCUGCGCAACUUGGUUUCAUACCUGAAGCAAAAGCAGGCCGCCGGGGUCAUCAGUUUACCCGUCGGGGGCAGUAGAGAUAAGGACAACACUGGGGUCCUGCAUGCAUUUCCACCAUGUGAUUUCUCUCAGCAGUUCUUAGAUUCUUCUGCGAAAGCUCUUGCCAAAACCGAAGAGGACUUCCUGGUCAUGAUCAUUGUGCGAGGAGCAUCUUAACAAUCAUAAUGCACACAAAAGUGUUGUUAAAUGCAAGCUUCUCUUAAUGUCUCUUAAUUGCAUGCUCUCUAAAGCAGACGUGGUACUAGAGUAAAGAGCAAAUGUUAUGACCUGCUCUGCCAAACAUGUACAAAAAAAAGAGAGAAAAAGGCCAAUUCGUAUAGCAAAGUUUAGCUCUAUAGCAAUAUAUUUGUUUUCAUUUGCAAUUUAUUCAGAUGUCUAGUUUGUGAUAAGUUGUACCCUGCUUAAAAGAAUGAUAUUAGGAAUAUUAGAAUAGGAAUUUCAUUUGCUAUUGGUCAUUAAAUGCUUUCUAGUUCCAACACUUCCUAUCAACAUGUAUUUCAGUCAGAUUCCAGACAGUCAUCCCUGUACGAAAUCUUUUUUUGGGAAGUGUUCAUUUCCUUCAUGUUCAUGAUUCUCAAUUAAUCUGAUUUAAUGGGAGCCUGGUUUAUGUGUCUUGAUGCUUUGAAUAAUCAUUCAGUAAUGGGGAGUGUAAUAUAGAUAUACAGUCCUGUAGGCCACUUAAACAGACAGAAUAUGUUGAAACUGCAUGUUGAUGCUAGUGUUGUACAUUAAGCCGUUUCAGAGGUUUAAUAUAUGUAGCCAAAAAAAAUGUCAUCAGUGUUAUAUCGAUUGAUACAGGCUGCAUUUUAACACCCCUUUAUCACAUUCAAAAAUAAUUUGUGAACGUAUUUUGAUUUAUAAACAGAGAUUUUUCUAAGCCCUCCUUAGACCAAAGCAUAA